AUGGCCUCGACUUCUCGUCCUAACUCUUUGGGUUGUGCUGAUGACUGCUUCUACAGCUUCCCACCCUCGCGGGUCGCCAGUUAUGAAGACAACACCACUCCAAAAGGCUCUGCCAAAGAAUGUGACAGAACUCCCAGGUCGACCUGUAGCUUUGAUACAGCUCUAGACAAAGAUGCCUCGUUGGAGAGUACGAGCCAGCAGCAUGAACGCGUAUCUGAUACGCAACGCUCCUCCAGAGUCAAGUGGACGCUCCCAUUUCCGCACCAUGAGGAAUCAUCGACACAACACCACUUCUGUUCCAAGCCAGUACUUGAUCGCCUGAGUCGACAUCGCCUACCCUCUGGCUUCGAUCAUCCGACUGAUGGUAGCCACGUCCCCGACUUUGCUUCACUACCCGACGAGCCUCUCACCAUCGAGCAACUCGUGUCAUCCCCAGCUGCCCCUGUAACGACCAAGCACUGGAGCUCUACCAGUAUCGGCUCCUCUAUGCGAGCCGCCAAAUCUCAAAACAGCAGACCAGUGUACUUUGAUCCUUCGACGGGGUCAACUCGAGGUGUGGAGGAUAUCGUGGCCAAUAUACGAACUUACCUGUCCACUAUGCGGCAUGAUGCCUGUGAUGCUUCACCGCGAGAACAGCUAGACUCCAUGACAUUUGUCGCUCAGGAUCAAGACUCUAGACCCAAAAGUACAUCGGAGAACUUCUUGGUGUCAACCAAUGACAUUGCCGGGAUCUUGGAUAUUGUGAUUGUUGGUCUGCGACGGCUCCAUCGAGAACAUUUGCCGUCUGGAUGCCUCUCGGUUCUCCUACCAUGGGACCACAACAAGAGACCGAUAGUGACCAAAGCCGACAGCAUCUUCCCCACUGCUUCCUGUCCGGCAGAACCGGCCACGACAAUAAGCUCGGUGAAGCCAACAGUCACCCCGGCAUUUUCUUCACAUUUGCAGAGCAUGGCAAACAAGUCAAUCAAGGCCACCAUCAUUACCAAAAGGAGCGUUGCAGAAGUCAGCUAG